AUGUCUGAGAAGGUCACAGAAGGACAAGUGUUCGUAGUCGACAAUCGACGACGCGACGAACUCAUUAAGACGAUCCUUAUUAUCGUGUUGAUAAUCGUAUUCCCGCCAGCCGCUAUCGCUGUACAAGCGAACGAGUGCAACAUUCACGUAGUGGUCAGUCUGUUCUUGAUGUUCUUCUUCAUCAUACCCGCCUACAUUCAUGCUGUCUGGUACUGUUUCAUCCGAAAAGCACCCGAACAUGUGAUUGCCUGA